CAAAUUAUUAUCUUAUAGGUUAUGAUAUUGUAAUAUCAAGUAGACAAAAGYAUAUCAAUUCAUCUGGUAUCCUGUUUUCAAAAGUUGGUACAAGUUUAGUGUUAGAUUGUUCAAUUUCAAAUAAGUCUGUACAAAUUGAAUGGAAGACAUCAAAGGACAUUCAUGGCACUUCAAUAAGAUUACAAAACACUUCUGUGAUUCAGUAUAAAAUUGACAAAGUGACAUGGAAUAUGAAUGGUUCUAUACUCUGGUGCAGGCCCGCUAUCAGUAUGSAUGGUAUAGAUGGAGUMAAAGCCACAGUGAUUGUUGGAGAUAUYCCCAGCCCUCCACGAGACUUCUCUUCCAGUAUAUAUGAUGUAAAUUUAUAUAUUGUCCGUCUAUCCUGGAAACCAGCUUUAUACACUGGUGGAUUACCAGCGUACUAUAAGAUAUCAUAUUAUCAGUGUUAUAACAAGACAUAUAUACCUAGUCAUCCURAAUAUAAUUUUUGCCGUACAUCUCAUAUUAGUGGUCGUAAGGAKUAUAGCUGUAGCAUGAAACGAGAUGACAUGGUGAAUUUACCAAUUAAAUCUGAACAGUUGUGCGAGAUAUUUCAUGUUACUCUGGUGACAGUUAAUAAUAUUGGUGUUAGUGAUGCUGUUAAUAUGUCACUUUAUUUGGGAUAUGGAGGAGAGACACCUUUUAUGCCAACUCCACUCCCACCAUCCCAUCUACAGGCUGAAGCACAAGGGARUUACAUUACUGUAAGGUGGAAAACAAAGGAAUAUUACCAGGAAUUAAUAGAUCCAACGUACAUAAUACUUUAUCAUGGGGAUCGCAGCCAGACUUCUGAAGCUAUCGGCCCAGUAACUACAACAACUGACGAAGGAGAACCCAAGCAAGGACCAAGUAUCUCUGGAAUUAAUAAUAUMGUACAUGAUAAUGAUAAUACAGUUAGAGAUGUAGCAUUACAAUGGGAGUUCAAGGAGCCAAUGGUGUCAAGUUGGCAAGGGAAACCUGCUAACAUCACUGUGCACUACAGAAACAUAGCAAAGCAGUCUACGUAUGAAAAAAUAACCUURCCAGCCAGUCAAGAGGUACCAAGAAAUGUGACUCUGACAGGACUCAAYUCUGAUAAUGACUAUCAGGCUUAUACGACACUGUGUAAUACAAAACAUUGUGGAGGAAUGGGGCCRCAGACUUUGGUGAAAUCAUUAGCUGGUCCAGAUCCAUCCAAUGAGAAAAAUACAGGAGAAAAUGAUCAUCUUGCACUGGCUGUGAGUUUGGGUGUUUGUGGACUAGUACUUCUAAUCAUUGUUGCAGUUGGAAUGAUCAUCAAGUAUCGCAAUAGAAGUACAAGAACUGGAGCUCAACCACUGCAUGAAAUAGUACCACCAGAUCAGCUUCAUCCACAUCAUGGUAAUGAUUAUGAGUACCUGGCUGACAAAGUUACURUGAAUGAAUAUACUUCAGCCAAUCAAUUGUAACAAAAUCAAAAUAUAUUUUUGUAUAAUUGACAUAAUGGUAAGGAUAAAAUUUAAUUAUAAAAUGGUUUGAUAAAAAAUGAAAAGAAACAAAACUAUAAUAACACAUAAUAAUUACAUUUACAUGAAGUCUCUAUUUCCAUUGUUUUCUUUUGUUUUUGUCAUCCUAGAUAUCUCAACUAUAAUGAUCAUUCACUUAAUUUUUAUAUGCAAAAUAUCAAAGUAUGUACUUGCAAAAAAUUAAAGAUCAAAAAUACAAAAAAAAAUGUAAGAAUGCAGUCACCAUACACAAAUAUUUGCACUUGAAAUAAAAUCUAUAUUUAUUGAUAA